AGAGAAAGAGAGAGGGAGCCUAAGUCUUUGUCAUCAAUGAAGUUUGUUUUUUUUGAUAGAUAAAAACUGGUCCCCUACAUUGGUAUUAGUUCCAUAACAUACCCAGAGAUUACAAAACCAAUACUUAGGCUAAAAGUGGUCACAUGAUUCUUCAGGCGACUUUGGUUCUCUUUUUUUUUCCAAACUGCAACUCGCAUUUAGCCGUUAAGACAACAUUUUUUUCAUCUCCCUAUUAAACACAAAGGCCUAACCAUAUAACAACAUUAACCUCUAGAUAUAUCCCUUACAUUUUUCUCAUAUUGUUUUCAGAUUCUUAUAUCAUUUAGGAUGAUGAAAUGGGGAAAAAAGAAACCUAUUUCUUCUUCUUCUUCUCCAGGGUUGUCUCGUGCUCAUCAUGUUUCUUGGUUUUCAAAGCUGACUGGUUCUUCUGACUUAAAACUUGCAAAAGAGAAGAAGAAGCAAGAUGAUGAUGAAGCUAUCCAGAAGAUGUCUUCAAAAUCUUCCUUGAGUUCUACUAAACGUCAAAAUGAUACUCAUGAGAGUAGCAAAAGGUUACAAAGAGUAUCAGCAGAAAAGGAGAACGCUACAACAAGAUCAGCAAAUAUGGAGUCAAAUGAGAAGUUUGAAGAGAUAAUGAGCAGUGUGAGGAAGAAAGUAAGAGAUUUCCAAAGAGAGACAAUGGAUGGAGACAAAGAAACUGUGAUCAUGACGCCAAGAAUUCAGGUGAACAGAGAUAGGCAGCAGAGAUGUGAGAGACGUGAUCAAAAGCUUCUCGAACAAAAGCCAAAGAGACCAGAACAGAACACAGAGGUUAAAGUGAAGAAACCAGCGAGAAGGACAGGUACAAGUAACAGUAGAGAGACUCUUGUGGCUCACCAGUGGCAGCAUCUCAAGGAAACAAAACUAAGAGAAGUGAAGCUGAAGGCUGACAAACAGAGGAAAUCUAUGUACCUAAGAAGGGAGCUAGGGACAAAAGAAAACAGCAAGGUUAGAGUCUUUUCACCAAGAUCAUCCGAAAAAUGCAGAGUCAAAGCUAUUGAAGACUUGAAGAAGGCUAAACUGAGAGCAAAGGAGCAGGAGAUGGAGAAUGAAAGCUUUGCAGUAGUGAAAUGCUCGAGCGAUCCUCAAAAGGACUUUAGAGAUUCAAUGAUUGAGAUGAUCAUGGAGAAUGGUAUCAAUCGCCCUGAAGAACUCAAAGAGCUUCUGGUUUGUUAUCUCAGACUCAAUACUGAUGAGUAUCAUGACAUGAUCAUCAAUGUGUUUCAGCAGUAUCCCAUCUUCCACUAGAGGCACAAGUUUGACAUCUGAACAUGACCUGAAGUCUCCCUGGAAUCAGCUCCAGAAGAAACAGAGGGGCUAUAUAAAAUCGUGAUACCUUAAAUGACAUGUUCCUUUACUUAGAGUAACUUUAUUGCAAAGGUUCUUAACAUUGAGUAUCUCACAAAGAUUAGUACAGACAAUUAUAUUUCAAUGAAUGAGGUUUUAAAUGGUGAGAUAUUCACUCAAAAACAUCUCAAAAUAUAUAGUGCUAAGAAUAUUUGCAAUGGAAGUGUUCUCAUGCUCAGGACCAAUAAAACGCAAAAGAAAAAUACCGGUUUUAAGCAUAAAAAUUCAUGAGCUUGUUCAAUCACCGACACAGAUUUGCAUGCCAACAUCAGGUUUGUGCAUAGAGGUUGCUGUUUUAUACUCUUAUUCAGUUUUGGUUUAGCAAUUUUUUAAUCAUACGAAACUCAAACUCCCAAAAAUUGAACAAAAAAUUAUAUCAACUAGGUGACUUUCCCGUGCCCAUACACAUGUAUAAAUAUUUUAAAAUUAAUAUAAUAUAAAAAUAUUAAUAUUAUUAUUUUAAGUUUAGUUACUUUGUAAUUUAGUUAGACAUGUAAUUCAGAUAUGUAAUAUAUAGUUAAUUUCGUUAAUGUUUGGAUAUAUCGGAUUGUGUUUAUUUUUUCAAAUUUUACCAUAGUAUUUUUUUGGGCGGAGUAAAAUUUUCAAUUAAUAUUUUUCUUUACAUUUAGACUUUUGAUUUUGGGAAUAAAAAACCUGGAUUUUUUUAAAUUGCUCAUUUUAUGGGAUAUACUGAGUUACAUAUUUCUUCAAAUUGAUGUAUAAUACUUCUGAUUU